UUCUAUAAAUUACUGUUUUUUCACUUAUACUCUCAGCACUGCUAGGUUGGGGAAGGUACAAAAGAAGACCUAGCUAGGGUUUUCAGAAACUCACAAAAAUCUAAGCUGGUGAAAUCUCAAUUAAGAUCCAUUAACUUUCAGCCUUUGUCUCUCUCUCUCUCCUGGUAGCUUCUUCUUGACAAGACCCAUCAGUGGUCUUGCUUGUACAGUAAAGCUUGCUUCGUUCUGCGAAGUUUCAAACAUAUCACUCAGUAUCCGAACCUUAUUUUGCCUUAAUCCCAGACGGCAGGACGAUUCGACCCUCUAAACAUAAACGACACGCUGUGUUUUCUCGAAUUCAAGAAACGGCAUACACGUGAAAUCCAGAUGGUAGUUAAAGAGCCAAUAGCUUGCGGUCCACUAAGGCCUAAAAUUAGCCCAUUUUAGUUUCUUCAUCCCAAAAACAGAAACAAAAAAAAAAAAAACCGGAGAAUUACACAGGAAGGAAGGAAGGAAGGAUCAGCAAGCUCUGGAGCUUUGAAGAUUCAAUUUCUUUCUUUUUUUUUUUGUUCAUCGUAGAUGUCGUGUUACCCCUUCGCGUUCUGAUUUGGUCCGUUUGUUUCGGUUUUGGUGGGAUUGAGAUCAGUCUAAUCUAUUUCUGCUGAGCGUUUCUUGAUAUCUCAAGACUCGGUUCUGAGAUGAAAGUGGUGUAGCAUUUUUCAACUGCUCCAAGAAAAUGAGUUCAACCGCUUCGAGUCCCCAAAGAGUCCUGCAACCAGGUGGUUAUAAUGGUAAUGACUCUCGAACCAGCAGCACUUCUAGUUCUUUUCUGCGUCCAGAGUUAGAAUCCAGCGAAACCGAAGAAGCAGAGCUAGUUUCUGUCUCCUGGAACCAGGACUCCAGUUGUUUCGCUGCUGGAACAAGUCAUGGCUUCCGCAUAUACAACUGCGAGCCUUUCAAAGAAACUUUCAGACGCGACCUGAAGAACGGUGGUUUCAGAAUCGUGGAGAUGCUUUUCCGAAGCAACAUCUUGGCCCUUGUUGGCGGUGGACCUAACUCUCAGUACCCUUCGACCAAAGUCCUGAUCUGGGAUGAUCACCAGAGCCGCUGCAUCAGUGAAUUUUCUUUUAGGUCUGAGAUUCGUGCGGUGAAGUUAAGUAGGGAUUGGAUUGUUGUUGUUCUUGAGCAUAAGAUAUACGUCUACAGUUUCGUGGACCUGAGGCUUCUUCUUCAGAUUGAAACUCACGCGAAUCCGAGAGGAUUGUGCUGCCUUUCUCAUGACUCGGAUACGUCUGUGCUGGCUUGCCCUGGUUUACUUCGAGGAGAGAUUCGAGUUGAACAUUUUGGGCUUAACAUGGUGCAAACCGUAAAUGCGCAUGACGCUAGUAUUGCGUGUAUGACCUUGACGCUUGAUGGUUUGUUGCUCGCAACUGCUAGUACAAAGGGCACACUUAUUAGAAUCUUCAACACAAUGGACGGAACUCGUUUGCAAGAGGUAAGAAGAGGAGUAGACAGAGCAGAUAUUUAUAGCAUUGCGCUUUCACCGAACGUGCAGUGGCUGGCAGUAUCAAGCGACAAGGGGACUGUUCACAUUUUCUCUCUUAGAGUUAGGGUAGUUGGGGAGGAUUCUGAUUCCACUGAGAGUGCAGCUCUCUUGACUCAACAAACUUAUUCUAAUUCUCUGCAAGGCCUUGUUUCUCCAGCCACUGGUACCAACCCCGGUUCGUCAUUGUCUUUUAUGAGAGGUGUUCUACCAAAGUAUUUCAGCUCGGAAUGGUCAUUUGCACAGUUCCAUGUAUCAGAAGUCACACAAUUCUUCGCAGCAUUUGGCAGUCACAACACGGUUGCUAUUACCGGCAUGGAUGGAAGUUUCUACAGAUGCAGCUUUGAUCCUGUGAAUGGGGGAGAGAUGGUGCAGCUUGAACAUAUCCACUUUCUAAAGACUGAUAACCGCCCAAGAUAAGUCAAAAUCAUUUAAGCCUUUGUACAUAACCAUGUCUAUGUAAAUAGAUUUGGUUGAGACUGCAUAUGAUUUGAUUCAUUGGAUAUUUUCUACUUUGGAUGAAGGACCUGCAUUAUAUUGAUUGGGACUGUGUACGUAGCUACAUAUCAAGAUUUAUACAUAGCUACAAUGUUUUAGAUAAUCUCAGUGUGCAUAAUCAGAUGAUGAAAAGUUAAUACACAAAUUCUUUAUAAUUUUUUUUUUCAUUUU